UUUUCAGGAAUUUACUGAUACUACUAUAUAUAAUGAAACUUAUCUAGAAAUACUUUAUAAUAUUGUUAAUAUUCCUUAUAAACGUGUUUAUAAAUCUUUAAAUCAACAAAAGAAAUAUGUAACGGCUAAUAGACUUUCAAAAAAAGCGAUUCAAAUAGGAUUAGAUGUAGGACCAUCGGCAAUACAAGAGUUAAACAGUUUUAUGAAGGACUUUAUAACAAAACACGCGCCAAAGAAUAAUCAAAAAUUACUGCGAAGAAACUCUAAAGAAGAAUCAUCUCGAAGAAACCCUAAAAGAACGUUAUCAGCUAAAACUUAUAAUAUACAAAGCAGUUCUGAUGAAUCUGACUGUUGUGAAUCUUCUGACUCAAAUUAUAAUGAUAAUAAUGAAUCAUAUUCUCAAGAUACUGAGAAUAUAGACCCAUUAUUAAUUCAGAAUCCUAUUGUUUACGCAAGAAAAGGUGCUCCACACAAAACAUGGUUUAAGGGAUCACAAGAGAUAAAACAAAAAAAUAAAGAGCAUCAGAAAACUAAAGAGCAAAAACCAACUGAAUGUCAGCAGUGCCAUAAAUCUGGACAUAAUAAAGCUGGCUGCGAAAAAUAG